AUGGCUCCUGACCUCAACUCUAUAAAAUCCAAUGGCAGAUGGGACUACUCCACCCCAGGAUCCGAAGGCUACAAUAUCCCCAACAUAACUUACAAUGUGGGUGAUCCCUCCACCCGUCGGAUGAAGAUCCUCACUAUUGGUGCCGGACUCAGCGGCAUACUUCUCGCAUACCAAAUCCAGAAACAUUGUGAGAAUGUGGAACAUGUCAUAUACGAGAAGAACGCCGAUCUUGGAGGUACUUGGCUCGAGAACAGAUACCCCGGAUGUGCAUGUGAUAUCCCGAGCCACGCAUACACGAUGAACUUCGCCCUCAACCCCGACUGGCCACGAUUCUUCUCAUACGCACCCGACAUCCACAAAUACCUUUGCAAAGUGUGUGAUGUUUUCGAUCUCCGCAGAUACAUGACCUUCAACACCGAGGUAGUGCGUGCAGAGUGGCAGGAUGACAGCGGGAAUUGGAAGGUCAGCCUUCGGCAGAAGUCACCAUCCGGCGAAAUCAAAGAGUUCGAAGAGGAGUGCGACCUGCUGCUAUACGCCACCGGGAUCCUGAACAAUUUCAAAUGGCCGGACAUUCCGGGCCUGAAGAAGUUCAAAGGGCGUGUCGUCCAUACUGCGUACUGGCCAGAGGACUACCAAGAAGAGCAGUGGAAGGACGAUCGCGUCGCGAUUAUUGGCUCCGGCGCAUCGUCGAUCCAGACCGUACCGAAGAUGCAGCCGCACGUGAAGCAUAUGGACAUAUUCGUGCGUACGGGGGUCUGGUUUGUGCAGAUUGCGAACAACUUUGGGCAGAACAAGGAGUACACAGAGGAGGAGCGGGAUACCUUUCGUAAAAAUCCGGAGGCGCUCGUGGCGCAUGCGAGAGACAUCGAAGGCCAAGUGAAUGGCCUUUGGGGGGUGUUUUACCACGGUAGCGAGGCGCAGAAGGAAUCGCAAAAGGUGUUAAGAGCAAGAAUGAAAGAGUUCAUCAAAGACGAGAGGUUACUGGAAGGCUUUACUCCCAAGUUCGAAAUCGGCUGCCGCCGCAUCACCCCUGGAGACCCCUACAUGGAGGCUAUUCAGAAAGAUAACGUUGAUGUGAGUUUCACCGCGGUCGACGCGAUCACAGAAAAAGGUGUCGUUGGCGGCGACGGCAAAGAGCGAGAAGUAGAUACAAUCAUCUGCGCGACCGGCUUUGACGUGACAUACCGGCCGCGCUUCCCAAUCAUCGGCAAGAAUGGUGUCGAUCUAUACAAAAAGUGGGAGAAAGAGCCCGAGUCGUAUCUCGGACUUGGUUGCCCAGACAUGCCUAAUUGGCUUAUGUACAUUGGUCCCACUUGGCCGGUGGAAAAUGGCUCCGUGGCUGGCCCCCUGCUGUCUGUGGUUGAGUACACCAUUCAGAUCAUCAAGAAAAUGCAGCGCGAGCACAUCAAGUCUUGGGUUCCGCGGCAAGACAUUACCGACAGAUUCAACGAACAUGCGCAAGAAUGGAUUAAGCACACAGUCUGGAAAGACGAUUGUCGGUCGUGGUACCGAAAUAAUGAGACGGGACGCGUGAAUGCGGUCUGGCCAGGGUCUUCACUACAGUAUAGCGAAGUAAUCGAGGCACCCCGCUACGAAGACUUUCACAUCGAAUACUUGCACAAGAAUCCUUGGGCGCACAUGGGGAUGGGCUUUUGCAUGGCAAAUACGGUCGAAGGCAGCGAUCUAAGUCCCUAUCUACAGCUGGAGAAUAUCGAUCCGAAAUGGUUGAAAGCUGUGGGUUAUGAAGGAACCCCAGAAGAAUCGCAGAACGGCAGAAAGCAUCCGAAUCGUCACCGCGAGUUAUACUGGUAAUGUUUUUGAGCGCGGAGCGAUCCCUUCACAUGGGGCUAGGUCGACCGAGUCUUCUCAAAUUAGCGGAUAGGCUGCAUGAUGCGCCACUAGUAUCUAUGGCAUCCAGUUGCUGUGGGUUAAUUGAGCUCUUGAC